AUGGCUGAAACAAAAGACAACAGAGAUAAACAGCAUGAUGCUACAAGAACAGCAGAAGCGACCAAAGGUGCUAUGAGGAGAGGAUGCAGUGGGGGUCUAUGGAAGGAUCAACCAGCAGUGCAGACCCCACCCUCACACCCUCUUUCGGUGACAGACUCAGAAUGGUUGGAUCUGAGUGCAGAAGAACAGUUGGCCUGGGCCAAAAAUACUCAAGACCCUCGGAUUGCAGUAGGUUCCCAGUCCCCACUAGAAAAGAAGAUUAAGAGUUUAGGUGGUGUCCAUUCUUCAGAAGUGAGGAAACUGUUAGCCCAAAAGUUUCAAAAGGAGAAUGAAACACUUCAUAAACUUAAGGCCGUGUCUUUUGACUUCCGGUUUGCCAGAGCAGAGGCAUACUACUAUCAACGACAUCAAGAAAUGAUGCUGGAAGAAGCAUGGAAAUACGUGGUUCCAAAAUGGGAAACUAAACUAGACGAAAAGAGACCACAAAGUGAAACAACAGAUGCUAAAAAAUGGGACUAUCUAGUGCCUGAGAGGGAGCUGAACCAGAUAGAGAAACACAUAUACCGAGCCGAACGUGCCAGAGGCCUCAAGGACCACAAGUAUCAACUACUCCCUCAAAGAAUUCCAAGUGAAAUACUUUUCCCCCAAAUAUUAACACUCGAGAAGAAUGAAAAGACUGAAAAUAUGCAGAAAACACCCAAAACUAAAACCAAAAAGCACAAGGUGGCGUGGGCAAAGAAACAGAUAAAGGGACACCGCGAUCGAAUGAUGCGAGGGAGAGAACUCACAGAACAAAGAAAUGAUAAACGAGGUGCUCAGAAACUUUCCUCCCAGGGUCUUCCUUUCCUAAAAUCUCAAGCGGAGAAAGAGGAAGUCAAAGAAUUUGAAUGGGUCACAGCCUAUCCAAUUGCCCAGCCUUACCAGGAAGCAAUUAUAGAAGUGACUAUUCUGAUGGAAAAGUCAAAAAAAGAAGAUAAAAUUAAAAAAACAUUCCAAAGAGAGCUCUUGAGUAUGCCACCGUUUUUGAGAAGUCAACUGGAGAAAAAUAAAGUUUAAAUUGUUUUCUAGAUUAUUGUAUUUCUUUUUUAGCAUACUUUCAUAUUUGUUAGUGCAGUAAAAUCCUA